GUAAAAAAAAAUUAGGCGAGCGCGCGUGAAAAGAAUUUGUGCGUUAAAAAUUAACCAAUUUUUAAGUGUUGACGCUGAUGAAACCCACAGAAAAUACCAUAGAAAGUGGCUAAAUCGUAGCAUUCAUCGACUGUUGAUAAAUGUGUGUGCUUACACGGCGCGCAAACCGCUGAAAAUACGCUAACAAACGGCAACGGGCAGCCGUGCGAAAACGCGAGAAAAAAAAUUGGGCGCCUUUUGUGAGAAGAUUGUGUGUGUCGUCUGGCCUGGCUGUGGCACAUUUCUUCACAAUUUGCGCUUCUUCUUCACAGCCAGCAGCCCCAGCCAGCAGAGAUUCGCGCGCGGGUGAUAGACCGAGCAGUGAAUUUAUUAACUUAACUUAUAAUUGGUGCAAUUAAAUAUUAAUACAUAAAUAAACAUGCCGAUUUGCAAGCGGGAAGGCUUCGACCUGAAUCAGAAGGAGGGCAAAAACGAUACAUUCCACGAUAACGACUGGGUCUUCUGCUGCUACAUCACCAAUCGCAUUUUCCGCGACUAUGAAAACUACUUUCGCCACGUGAUGGCCAUCAAUUCGACGGUGUGGCAAUGUGAAGCAACCGGCCGCGACUGUCUUACGUACGAAGAGGCGCAGAAAAGCGAACGCGCUGCCCUCAAGAAAAUGGAACAAUUCAAACAGAGCCUUCGCGCGCCCGUGCUGCUCGUGGUGGAACAUGCACGCCAGUCGGCGGUGAAGACACUCAACCUGAUGGUGGCCAAAUUCCUGCGCAAACGUUACUUCAUCAACGAGGAGGUGAGCGUGACGACCAAAAAGAACGCCUCCUAUGUGGUGGUGGCCAUACAGCCAGGCAAGGGCAAGCCGCUGCCCAGCAAUGACAUCUACGAGGACACGGACGCGCUCCAGUAUCGCCUGCGUGCAGCCGAGGGCGAUGCCAGCACAGAGAUCAUCGUGCCCUACGAGCAGAUACGACGACAGCGUCUCGAGUUCAAUAUGGAAAAUCUGGGCAUGUUCAUCAAGAAUAAUGUCACGAGGGUGGACGGCAUACUCCGCCCGAAGCCGGAGGCCUACAAACAGUACGUAACAGAUGCUGGCGUGAGCUUUGCGAGCAUUUUCAUUGGCAAAAUGCCGCGCUACUCCCCCUCGAAGAUCAAGCGACCCGAGCCCAAAGAGGCUGCAGGCAAGAAGCAAUCAACGCUGAACAAAUACAUUGUUUCGGAUGUGUCCGAGGAGUCGGCCGCGAAGGCUAAGGAGAAAGCCAAAGCCAGUGCCAAGCAGCUGGCGGAGGAAAUGGAGCGCGUGCGCCUGGAGAAGGCCGCGAAGCUGGCGCUGCUGGAGCGCGAGAAGGCCGAGAAGAAGGCGCAGCUGAUGGAGCGCGUGGAGUUCGAGUGCAACAAUCUGCUGACCAAAACGGACGAUCUCGAGCGCUGCGAUCAGCGUGUGCUGCCGCGCUACAAGCCAAUUGUGACGCUGCUGCCGGAGCAGCUGCUCGGCGAUGCCUUCAUGAUGCGCGAAUUUAUGCACACGUACUCCGGCCUGCUGUCUGGCGUGGAGGUGUUCCGGCAGAACCUGAGCUUCUACGAGAUGACGCGAGCGUUGAGUGCACGCGAGGUGGCUGGCCCACUGUCGGACAUCAUUCUGGUGCUGCUGGGCACCGUUUUUGAUCUGCAAAAGGAGGAGGAGGAUGAGUGCGCCGUCAGCUACAUGCUCGGCCGCUACACAGCGCCCAGUGAGCCGUACAUCAGCAUGAGCCAUGCCACGCGCAGCCACUACUACGCCAAGCGGCAUUUUUCCUUUAAGAUCAACGAACUGCCGCUGGAUGCGCUGACGCUGAGCGAAGUGCUGCGCCUGCAUCUGCUCAGCUCGGGCGCGAUUGUCAACGAGAAGGCCGAGAAGUGGCGCAUUAUGUACCGCAAUGGCUAUGCCUCACGCGAAGAUCCCGGCCUGGAGUUGCGCCUGCAGCACGCGCACAUCCUCCACAGCCUCAGGAACUCGCCGAUCUAUCAGUUGAGCUUCCCCGACAUCAUGUGCGUCAUACGCUGCCUCAUGUCGCAGAUUCUGACGUACUCGGGCACCAUCAAUCUGAUUGAGGAGCGCAUGGAGCAGACGGCCAAGGCCAAGGUGGAGCUGCGCACGCUCAUACAGCUGGAGAAUCGCCGUCUGGCUGCGCUGGAGAUGAGCAAGAGGAAGCUGACCCACGAGCACCACUUGGCCUGCAGCGCGGAGGAGCUGAAGAAUGAUCCGGGGAAAAAGCAAACGCUGCUGGAGAAGCUCAACAAGGGCAUUGCGGAGCUGCACGCCAAGUCGGACACGCAGCACAAGAAGCACGAGCAGCAGGUGAUGGCUUUGCACACUCAGUUGUUCAAUUUCCUGGUGUUCCUGGGCAUGGAUCGCUGCUAUCGGAAGUACUACGUGCUGGAGUCCAUGCCGGGCAUCUUUGUGGAGCAUUCCCCCGACAGCCUCGACACCUGUCUGUCGCAGCCGCCGCUGAACAAACCCCAGGCGGAGAUUAGCAACCAAGCGCAGCUGCCCAAGAGCCGCAAGGAGCUGCGCCUGUACCUGCUGAAGCUCUAUGGCGAGGAAAAGUCGCGCAAGCGUGCCAAGCAAUCGCUGGAGAACAAGGAGAACCAGGAGCAUCGCAUCAACGGCGAUGCCGAGCCUAUGGAGGUGCUGGCGGAGGCAGAGCCCCUCGAGGAUCCCACACCGCACGAGCUGCUCAUGUGCAGCGGCGAUCGACGCAGCUGCAGUGUCCACAACGAGAGUCAGGCGCAGUCCGAGCGCCAGCGUUGGUCGUACAUCUACAAAGCGGAGGACAUAGACGAGCUGCUCAAGAGCCUGAACCCGCUGGGGAUUCGCGAGUCGGGACUGCUGGAGGAGAUCAACGGGCUGCGCACGCUCAUCGAGCAGCAUGUGAGCACCUGCCCCGUGGAGAUGCUCACGCUGGAGAGCGAGCAGCAGCGCAAGAAAUUCCUCAGCACCAUGUACACGGAAACGCAGCGAAAGUAUGCGGAGGCCAACUUUCGGCUGGCCGAGGGCACAGACUUGAAUCGUGUGAUGCAGCUGCAUCUGGUGGAUCGCCUGCUGCAGUUCGAGAUUGAUAUUUACACGGGGGAUUUGGGCAGAUUGAAGGUCAAGGAUAUGGACAAGUGGCGGAACGACCUGGUCGAGGGCAAAUACGAUCCGCAGGUCAAGCUGCAGUGGGGUCCCGGCGGCAAGCUGGAGAACCUAGUGGCUUCAGGCUCCGACAAUGAGUCGCACGAGGACUACGAGGAUGAGGAGAAGGGCGCCGUAACCGUGGGUAAAUAUGCCACAAAGCCGUACCGAGAUCCGGGACAGUAUUUGGACGUGGAGCCUGCCGACGAGGAGCGACAGGAGACGGAGACGGAGACGCUGCAUGCCGAAGUGCGCAACAUGGCUGGCGCCUUGCUGCAGGUGGAACAGGCCAUUGGCAGGCGUUUCCUGAAGCCGCCCUACGGCAUGAAGAAGUGGGACCCCAAGCAGGAUGUCCUCAAGCAGGAGUGUGAGGCGCGACUGCAUCAAUGGGAGGUGUCCCUCAUGGAGAGCACCAGCUAUGCGCAGCUCUUUCUGCACUUCAACAUGCUGCACGACUGCAUCCAGUGGAUUCGCUCCACGAACAAGUCGCUGUGCAAGGUGUGCCGUAGGGGCAGCGAUCCCGACAAGAUGCUGCUCUGCGAUGAGUGCAACGGCGGCACGCACAUGUUCUGCAUGAAGCCCAAGAUGCGCUCCGUGCCCAAGGGUCAUUGGUACUGCAAUGAGUGCGUCAAGAAUCUCGGCCUGAAGAACGCAAACGAUGAGAAGGAGAAGAAAACGGCGGCACAGCGCAAGCGCAAGUUCAUUGUGGAAGAUGAUGAUGAAGAGGAGCCCGACGAGGAGGAGGAGGAGCUGGAAGACGAUGACGAAGAGGAGGAGCAGGAAGAGGCGGAAGAGGAGGAAGAAGAGCUUGCCACAGAUGACAAAAGCGAAACUUCCACACACUCCUCCUCAAAGCCCAAUGGUCGACCUGCGCGACGUCCCCGUGGGCGUCCCAGCAAACAGAAGCGACUAACAGCCAAAGAAAUACGAGCAGCUGUCGAGGAUGAAGACGAGGAAACAGCUGGCGAUGAGGAGGAGGCGAGCGAACCGCUGGACAGUGAGGCGGGCGAAGAGGUAUCCGGCGAUGAGGAUGUCAACGGCGAGGAAGAUGAAGAAGCCGACGAUGAGAAAGUGUGUCAGGUGUGCUUCUACGAUGGCAGCGAAAUACGCUGCGUUCGCUGCAGUUUCUACUAUCAUUUGGAGUGCGCACAGCUGAAGCGACAGCCACGCGCGGAUUUUGUGUGCAAAAAGUGCAAGGCCACAGAGACGCAGCGGCCGAGACGUCGUCAUAGCAAUGUCAACGGCCACGAUGAUGAUGACGAUGACCAAGAUGAACCGCACGCCAAACGCUCACGCUCCUCACGCAACUCCUUGCGCAUCUCGCUGGACAAAUCCGCGCGACACAGUGCCAGCAACAACAAUAACAAUAGCAGCAGCACCAACAACAACAAUCAUCGACGCAGCGGGCGACGCAUGAAUGACAACUUGCCGCUGAACAGCGCCGCGCUGUACGAUCUGCUGGAGCAGAUUAUGAAGCACAAGGCCGCUUGGCCAUUUCUGCGGCCCGUGCUGACAUCGGAGGUGCCCGACUAUCAUCAGAUUAUCAAGACGCCCAUGGAUUUGGCCAAGGUUAAGUCCAAGCUGAACAUGGGCGAAUAUCAGCUGAACGAGGAGGUGCUCAGCGAUAUACAGUUGGUGUUUCGUAAUUGCGAUCUCUACAAUGUAGAGGGCAAUGAGAUAUACGACGCCGGCUGUCAGCUGGAGAAAUUCGUGAUUGAGCGUUGCAGGGACAUGCAGCUGCCGUUCAGGCCCAGUGACAUGAACGAUUCCAUUUGCUGAGCAUCUCAAUUUGCUGAUCUCUCUCCCCUGUCUAGCGUUCGUGUGCGUUAAUUAAUUCUUUAGCUUACUUCAGGCACACACAUUCGGCGACAUUCUAGGUUUAAGCACUGACAAAAUUCACCUUUUGGCAGUCACUUAAUGUAGAUAAUUAGUUAAUAGCUAUCGUAUAUGUAUGUCCUAUGUUUAGUCUACGCAUUUACGUUAAUCUAAGACUAAGGAUUAGGCCUGUCCCUUCUUCACCCAUAAGCGUUCAUUUUUAUUACUUUUUCGAAGACAAUUUGUAUUCUAGUUUAUUUCGUAAAUUACACAAAUUCCACACACUAAACAAUAAAAAAAUGAAGUGAAAAAUUAAAAUUUAAAUCA